CACAAGCUCAGUUGCUGUAGUCGAUGAAACAGUGAGGAAUCUAAUUAAAAAUCGGACGUUUUUUCUGAAAAUCUUCCAACAGCAUUUACAAAGCGUGGGAACAUUCAAAUCAACCAUGUUUAGUCCAGGAUUUCUUCCAUUCGUUGCACUAAUCUUCGUUGUAGUGGUUAGUGUGCACGGUAGGCCUCAGCAGGAACUAUCUUCAGGCGCAGCCACCACUACAGAAGCCACCACUUGGGAUAAAAUCAAGAAAGGAGUCGAAGACGGCUGGAAGGUUGUCUACGACGAAAGUCAUUGUGUAGCGCACAAGGUAAAAGAGCUGGUAAAUCAUCACGACCAUGCUGAAGGUGGAGAUCCUUGCGAAAAUAAACCAUACAAGCAGAGUACUAGUACAACAGAGAAGACAUUUGUUUUAGUUGCCGAAGAAAAAAUCCCAGCAACCUCCCGGCCUUAGUAGGAAGCAGCCGAUAAAAACACGCCCACUUAUCCCAAGCGGAAACUGUAUUUAAAAAAAUAAAAACAGCAACAGUUCUUCACACGAUUUAGGUUUUGCUUCGGAUCUUUGUGAGUCGUAAGCAAUUUCCUCCUAUAUUAACAUACCCAUCCAUGCAAGGUACGUCGACCAUGUGUCUCAUUUUCAUCGGGAUUUUGAUGGGAUAAUCGGUCUUCUCCUCUUUGGACACUGAAAUAAAACUUCCAAUCAAC